GGCCCUCACCGCUGGUGUCCAAGCGAACGCACGUCAUCAUCGAAUUGGUAGAUAGUCUGGAGGAUGAGUGCUGGGAGGCCAAGAUCGUGGAGCAAAAUGGCAACAGGAUCAAGCUGUCUGUCAAUUCCCCAGCCAAUGCUUUGAUUGGCAAGUACAGCAUCGCUGUGGCAACACGAUGCCCGAAGGAGGAGGUAGUCACCAUGUAUGACCCCAAAAAAGACAUCUACAUGCUCUUCAACCCCUGGUGUGAAGAGGACAUUGUGUACAUGGACAGUGAUGAGGAGAAGAAUGAGUACGUGCUGAGUGACACUGGAAGGAUCUACUACGGCACGGAGAAACAGAUCGGUGCUCGCACCUGGAUCUUUGGACAGUUUGAUAAGGACAUCUUGCAGGCCUGCCUCUACAUUCUGGAGAAGAGCGAUGUGUUGCCGUCCGGCAGAGGAGACCCUGUUAAUGUGGUCAGAGUCAUAUCUGCUAUGAUCAACUCUCCGGAUGACUUGGGCGUUCUGGAGGGGAACUGGUCAGGGAACUACGUGGGCGGAACGUCUCCCACCGCUUGGAGUGGCAGUGUGGACAUCCUGAGGAAGUACUACCACGGGGGAGGGGCGCCCGUCAAAUACGGCCAGUGCUGGGUCUUCUCCGGAGUCACUACAACGGUGCUCAGGUGUCUGGGAAUACCCGCGCGCAGCGUGACCAACUUCCAGUCCGCACACGACACUGACGUCUCCCUGACGACCGACGUGUACUUCGAUGAGAACAUGGAGCCCAUCGACUACCUCAACUCUGACUCAGUGUGGAACUUCCACGUGUGGAACGACUGCUGGAUGGCUCGCCCCGACCUGCCCGCUGGCAUGGGCGGAUGGCAGGCUGUGGACUCCACACCCCAGGAGACCAGCCAGGGCACCUUCCGCUGCGGCCCAGCCUCUGUCACCGCCAUCCGCACCGGCCAGGUGUACUUCAAGCAUGACACGCCCUUUGUCUUCGCUGAGGUGAACAGUGAUAAGAUCUACUGGCAGCGCAACCUGGAUGGAACCUUCAGCCAGAUCCACAGUGAGAAGAAGGCCGUCGGCCAUUUCAUCAGCACCAAGGCAGUGGGCUCAGACGAGCGCAUGGACAUCACACACCUGUACAAACACACCGAGGGCUCGGAAGAGGAGCGCAUUGCUGUGGAGACCGCCAGUCGGUACGGCACAAAGCCGCACAUCUACUCGUCGCCCCUAGCGGAGGACGUGAACGUGGAGGUGAAGCUGGAAGGGGAGGGUCCUCGCAUGGGGGCCGACGCACAGCUCACCAUCGUGGUGACCAACCUGAGCGAUCAGCCCCGCAGUACCAACCUCCACAGCCAGGUGGCGGUCAUGUACUACACUGGCGUGCUGAAGAGCACUGUGAAGAAGGACAAGCUGCCUGUGGAGCUCAUGCCUAAUGAAGUGAAGACCAUCAACUGGGUCCUGCCCUUCCAGCACUACCAGGACCAGCUGGUGGACCAGGCAGCGCUGAUGCUGACCGUGUCGGGUCGGGUCUCGGAAACCAAGCAGGUGCUGGCCUCUCAGACCAGCUUCCGGCUCCGCACCCCUGACAUCAACAUCAAGCCUGAGGGGGAGGGCGUGGUGGGGAAGGAAAUGUCAGCCAAGAUCAGCUUCACCAACCCUCUGCCGUCCACGCUGCGUAACGUGGUCCUGCGUGUGGAGGGCCUGGGGCUGAGGGACCUGCACCCCAUCGUGAUCGGUGAUGUGGGCCGCCACUCCACGGUGACGGUGACGGAGCACUUCAUCCCGUCGCUGGCGGGGACCAGGAAGCUGGUGGCGGCGCUCGACUGCAAGCAGCUCACCCAGGUGCACGGCGUCGCCGACAUCCAGGUGACGGACAACCUGUGAACCUGUUGUCAUGCCGCUGUGCCUCUCCCAAAGACACCAGACCUCUCACUGAUUUCCUCAGUCCAUCUCCCACCUGCCCACCCCACCCCUCAGCAUAUGCACAGUAUUGAAGUUUGAAGGUCUGUUUAGGGUCUACCUCUCUCAAUCUAUUGUUAUGGUAGUCUGUCUUUUUAUACACUCCCAUUGUGUGAACUUGGAAGAUGGAAGUAGUCCUCGAACGUUAACUGAAGUUCAGUGUUUGGUGAUUAAGUCACAUUCUCUGUUACAUUCUCUUUUUAAACAUGACACAGGACCAGCCUCUACUCGUCUCGUAUAGUCAGAUGGACAGUAUUAUGCCCACAUCAUUUUUAGAAUCUGAAUUUUGAAACGGCUGACAUUUUAAAAUAGAACAUUCAGGACUAAAAAUAAAGUUACAUGGAUAAUUGGGGAUCUGGGUUGGGUGGUUAGUGGAAUAAAAAACAUGCAGGCUGAGUGGAGGCCACCAUUUCACUGAGUCGCUUCCAGAAUGUGAACCCUCAUCAGGUAUUGCCAAAGAAAAGGCUGGUUGAGACUAGUUUUUACCAAUCCCUGUCGUCCUCUCAUUUACCUGUAUAAAAUGGAAUCAUUGUGUAGUUAUAGCAGUUUAACAAGCAGUUCAGCUGUUGUUGGUGCCAGACACACUUGGUCACCAUCUACUAGAGAUGUAUUGUUUUAUUUGUGUAAUAUUAAGCUCCAUGUGUACCACUGAGCUGUCAUCAUGUAUCCAUAAUAUGCAAUUUCCAUUUUGAUACAUUUUAAUGAACGCCAAGCAAAGUUCUCUUUCAGCACGUCUUGUAGAUGUUUUAUAUAAUAUUAUUACAAAGCAAUAUGACAGAUGACCUGACUGGAUGUUUAUAAUAGAUGAUUAAAUAGCAACCUAAAAUAGCUUUUUCUCAGUGAAAGAAAAAAUAUUCCAAGUGCUAUGCACGUCUGCAUUUCAAACCAUCUAGUGUUGCCACUUUUGUACUGACAAGGUGUAUGUAACCCUGUGCACUAUACCAAAUGUAUGAAAUUACAGUAGAUAUUAUUAGAUGUGCUCUUACAGUAUGUAGCCUAGCCUACAUGAUCAAAGCCUUAUGAUGCCAGAGAAAUCCAUGGUGAAGACGUCAUGUCAGGAUUACAGUAUUAAGCACCUAUUGUGCCAUUUGCAACCAACUGGGGUGCAUUUCUCAAAACAUAGUUUACAUUUCCCAUUGCCAACCAACUAAGUUGCUAACAGGUUAGCAACUAUGUUUUUUGGAAAUGCACCCCUGGUUGGUAUUAUCUAAAAGUUUGUAAUUUGUCCUGCACUUAAAUAGGUUAUAUGAAGAAAAGCAUAGAACACAUACUGUAGUUGUGUCAUUACUACUAAUAUAAUUAAUAUGUAUCUAUGUAUUUACAUUUUUGUUUGUCAGAUGCUGUAUUUUGUUGCUAAUAAAACAAGAUGUAAGGA